UGCUCCUUAGCUAGGUGCCGGCCGCCAUCAUCCUCGCUGAGCUCUACUUGCGCGCAAUCGCUUGCAUUUCAGUUCCUUCCUGUUGUACGAUGGCCAAUGUCAAUGCCAUCCUUGGAAUGAUUAAUUUCAAUGUUUGCGAGGAAUGUCGUGCUCGCCCGAAGUAUGUGGAGAGCACCGGUUACACGCAUCCUUACUGCGGGAAGCAGUGUGCAAACACUGCAUCCUCUCGGAAAUCCUUGCCCACUAACGCAACAAUGUGCAUUGUCUGCAAGAGUCGGCCGCAAUUUACUGACGGAACGCGGAAACACCAGUUUUGUAGUCGAACGUGCGCCAGCAAACACAAGCCAGCCACACCACAACGAAAUACCAUCAAUAAGAAUGCCAUUACGAACGGCUUAUGCCUGCUGCCUGGUUGCAAUAAACCAGCAUUCAAAUCCGCCAAUGGCACGGGAAAGUACUGCACAAACGCGCAUAAAAAUCUGGGAGAGACGGCAUGCCUUUGGUGCUUUCAGAGGCCGAAACAAGGCACUUUCCACUACUGCUCAAGAGCGUGCGCUGCAGAAGCGCAGAAGCACGCUAUAGUGCUCCUCGAGAUUCCGGAGGGUCAUGCCGUCUACAAGAGCGUUGCUGAACAAUUCAAAUCUUCGUGGAGACAUGCUACUCCGUGCCCCACCGUCAGAUAUAUUUACAAGAUUGUGGAGUCGAAGACGUCUCAAGACAAAUACGAGCAAUACAAGGCGGCGGUCGAGAGCCGCGGUAAUUUCGUGGCUGCAGGACGGCCUGCAGGCAACGAGAACCGACGGUGGCAUGGGACGAGACGUGAAUGCACGCUCGGCGACAACAGUAAUGCGCAAUUGUGCUCGUCUGCGACUUGCUCUCUGUGCUGCAUCAUUAAAACGUCGUUCGACCUCAAGUUUUUCGCCAAGAAAACAGGAUGGGGAAGAUUCGGCGCUGGCAUUUAUACAUCGUCCACGUCGUCCAAAUCAAACGAUUACUCGCAGAACAUUACCGCAUCACCUUACAAAGCUGUGCUCCUCAACAAGGUCGUGGUGGGGAAGGGACAUAAAUUGACGAUGGAUAAACCUUCACUUACCGCACCACCAGCCGGGUUUGAUUCGGUACUUGCGGAGAAAGGUGGCAUUCUCAACCACGACGAGCUAGUGGUGUACACCAACGAUGCCGUCCGACCGUCCUAUCUGGUGAUCUACGGAUAACUUAUGGGACGAGCGGGAUUCUAUCCGGCAGGCAGGACCUGUCCAUCUUCAUUAUCGGAGCGCUGUCAUUAAUGUACAUAUAUACAGAAGCAAUUACACUACAUCUAGGUGAAUAUAAAUUAAAAUCCUUGUAUGCUGGUACAUAUGGUUUCACCGCGGGAGAGGGGCCUUGAGGCCUGCUCGUGACCGCUGCCAUAUAAGCCACGCCAGUGCACACAUGCACAGCGAAAACACAACCAAUUCAAUAAUAGCAAACGCGAAAAGUGCCUGCAGCUGACUGCAAUACCAGACGCCCG